AUCGACAGAGUACAGUGCACUAUCGUCCAGCAACAGCUGCAGCUGUUAAUUGCAACGACUCAACCGGCCAACGAACACGGUGACAGCCAAGUGCACGAUGGCUACCAUUAUGUUUCAAGCAGUCGUCCUUGGGCUUUUUGUUGCAUCCGGCGCAUUUGCAGAUGUCGUACACCUCAAGAACGUCAAAAAAUGCCAUCAUAAAACAGAAACUCAAAAUCCAAAUGACUAUGGCGGCCUUCCGGCCGCAACUGGAUAUAAUGCAAACGUUGCUUAUUCGCAUCCACCCCCGUUAUCGUUCGGCGAUAAAUCUUUCGGUAUUUCAUCUACCCCAGCUCCAUUUGUGUACGGCACCCAACCAACGCCUGCUCCGUUCGUGUUCAAAUCAUUGCAGUUCACCUCUGCACCAGGUUCGUUCUCGUACGGUACUCAACCCACUCCAGCACCGUUCCUGUUCAAUUCACGUCAGUCUACACCUGCCCCAUUAACAUACAGCGGGCCAUCGUCUGCACCAGAGGACUCAUUCAAGUCAAUUGCUGCGUUUUACUCACAGUCAACUCCUGCAACAUUUGGAAUCGAAUCCCAGUCCMCUCCUGCACCAUUAGAGUUUAGCGAUUCAACAUCUUCAGCAGUGGUUUCAGUGAAGUCUCACGGUUCGUUUGGAUCCCAGAACACCCCUGCCCCAUUUGAAUACAGCACUUCGUCCUCCACUCCUGCGCCGUUCGAAUAUAGCACAUCAUCUUCCAUACUUCAAACUACUCCUGCCCCGUUAACAUACAGCGGACAAUCCUUUGCACCAGAAGACUCAUUCAAGUCUAUUGUCACAUCAUACUCCCAAUCUACUUCUACUCCAUUUGCAGCCGAAUCACAUUCCACAGCAGMACCGUUAGAAUUUAAUGGAUUGUCUGGCCAAGCUGCAGYGGUUUCAGCAAAAUCUGUUAACACAUUUGGAUCCCUUCCCAUCCCUGCCGCAUACUCGUACUCACAGGGAAGCGCAUUCGCCCAGUACGGAAGCCAAUCUGCACCGUCUCCAGCUCACGAGAUCACCAUUAACCGAGAAAUACCAGUGCCAUAUUAUGUUCAAAUCGAGAAGCGCAUUCCGUAUCCAGUGCUGGUGCAUGUCCCGCAUCCAUACCAGGUAACUGUCGAGAAACACGUUCCAUACGCGGUUCGCGUGCACGUCGACCGCGCUGUGCCCGUUCCGAGUCCGUAUCCGGUAGAGGUAGAGAAACGUGUCCCAUAUCCAGUCGAUAAGCCUGUGCCGUAUGAAGUUCGUGUGCCUGUCGAUCGACCAUACCCAGUGAGCGUCCCAUAUGAGAAACCAGUGCCAUACGCAGUUGAAAAACCGGUGCCUUAUCCAGUACGUGUCAAUGUCGAUCGUCCGUAUCCAGUAGAGAAGCCUGUGCCUUACCCUGUUGCCGUCGAACGCCAGGUGCCGUACGCUGUCGAGAAGCCUGUGCCAUACCCUGUCGAAAAGCCAGUGCCAUAUCCAGUCGAAAAGCGUAUUCCGUAUCCAGUCAAGUAUGAGGUGCCAGUCAAAGUGCCGGUUCCUGUUCAGGUUAAGGUGCCCGUGAACGUCGACAGGCCAGUCCCGUAUCCGGUUGAAAAGCAGGUCCCGUACCCCGUCGCUGUGCCAUAUGAGGUCAAGGUUCCUGUACCCGUCCAAACACCAGCUCAGCGUUUCGCCACCGUCCAUUACUAUCAGCAGUCACCAAUAGUCGUGCAACAAGAAUCGUUUAAGUCAUACACUUCCGGAUCAACCGCAACUCCGGCAACCGACAAUAACCUUGUUUCUUCGUUAGUGUCUGGAUCUGGACAGGCUGUAUCUGGUUACACAAAAUCUAACUACGCUGAUUUUGGCGCAGUCCAAGAGAAUGGAUUGUAUGRUUUUGGCCAAAAGUCGUUCUACGGGUCUUCAACUCCCGUCCCAUCUACGACAGCUGAAUACACAGUAUCCUCGWCUUCACCCCAAUAUGAAUCUUCCAACUUUGAUUCGAUAGCCCAACAAGUUGCUUCCAUUKCAGGGUCAGRGCAGGCUGGAUCUGAUUACMCGAAAUCUAAUUACGCCGGAUCGGGCUUAAWCCAGGAUAGCGGAUCAUACGGUUUCGAUCAGCAAUCGUUCUAUGGAUCAACAACUCCCGUUCCAUCUACGACAGCUGAAUACACAGCAUCUUCGUCUUUACCCCAAUAUGAAUCAUCCGAAUUUGAUUCGAUAGCCCAACAAGUCGCUUCCAUUGCAGGGUCUGGACAGGCUGGAUCAGAUUACGCUGGAUUGGGCUUAACCCAGGAUAGUGGCUCUUACAGUUUCGGACAACAGUCGUUCUUUGGAUCCAAAAUUCCUGUUMCGUCUUCRAAAUCUGGAUACACAGAAUCGUCGUCUUCACCUCAAUUCGAUUCAUCCAAAAUCGAUUCAUCAAACGAACAAGUUGUUUCCAUUGGAGGGUCACGGAAAACUUCAUCUGAUAAAGCUGAAUCUGACUACAUAAGAUCUAACAAUGCCGAAUCAGGCCAAACCCAGAAUAGUGGCUCGUACAGUUUUGGCCAGCAGUCAUUUUACGGAUCCAGAACUCCUGUUUCGUCUUCGAAUACUGGAUACACAAAAUCUUCGUCUUCACCUCAGUACGAAUCAUACAAAUUUGAUUCAGUAAAUCAACAAGUUGAUUCCGCUGGAGGGUCUUCCACCGCUGAUUCCCAGCAGACCGAAAAUCUCGAUGUUGGCAAAAAAUAGAUAUUUGAAUUUUUUUCAACAUGAUUAAGUUAUAUUUACUUUUCAUAAAAGCUAUACUUUAUAUUAUGU